CCACUUUUGAAAAAAAUAGUGGAAGAUAUUAAAAACUUUAAAAAUACACUUCUUGUUAUCGACAAUUUGGAGUGUUUGAGCGAUUCCGGAAAUUCAAGCGCUGUAGGAAAAAAAAUAAUGAUGGAACUUGAAUCAUUAUUGGCCGAAAGAAUUUCGCGCGAAGAUAGAAGGAGAAUUUGCUUGGAAUUCGGUAUAAGUUCUGAUGCUUCCGAGUUUUUAUCGAAAAAAACUAUUGGAUUUUCGCCUCGUGAUUUAUACCGCCUUUUUCGUUGUUCUACUGCCCUGCGGGUCUUGCACCCAACUUAUAGCGAGCUUGAAUUAUAUGAUUUGGGGCUGAAGGAGUUCUCUUUGGACACUAAAUAUCUUGAAAAGCAUGAAAACUUUAAGAAUCUUGAAGAACUUGGAGGAUACGAGCACGUGAUACAAUCAUUGACGGAAUCUCUUAUAUGGCCGCUUUUAAACAAUACAAUGUUUCAAAAAUUGGGCAUCAAGCCGUCUUUGGGACUUCUUUUGAUUGGGCCGUCAGGCUGUGGAAAGACCACAUUAGCCAAAGCAAUUUUAAAAAAAUAUUCCAUUCCGAUUUUUAGCCUUAAAUGUUCUGAUUUGUUCAGCAAAUAUGUUGGGGAAAGUGAAGCUGCAGUUAAAGAUUUGUUUUGGCAGGCUCGAGCGGUUCGGCCGUGUUGCAUAUUUUUAGACGAAAUAGACGCUUUCGCUGUUUCGCGAGAUACGAUAAACGAUACGACUGGAGUGUAUAAGAGAGUUUUGUGCCAACUUUUGAGUGAAAUGGACGGCAUUGAAGAACGGAAAGGUGUAUUCAUUUUAGGCGCAACCAAUCGAAGUAUAAGCGAACUAGAUCCGGCCAUCAUCCGUCCUGGACGUCUCGAGAAAAUUCUUGAAUUGCCUUUUCCAACUCACGAGGAUGCUGUGGAUAUCAUAAAAAAAGUUGUGCGCAAUAUAAAUAUUGCUGGG